AUGGACGACGACUACGUUGCGGAGGUCCUUGCCCGAGAGGCGCGCGAUAGCUCUCAGAGAUAUCAAACAGAUGGACUAGGCGCAUAUAUGCCACGAAAACCUGCUGGCAACGCUCCCAAGCCAAACACUAGAUUCCUGCGACACCUCAUCAAAGAGACCGAUACUCAUAACACCGCCCUCAAACGCAAGGAGGAGAGAGAGGCGAGAGAUCGUCUUCGGCAUUUAAAGGAUCAGCCUCAAGGUGACCGGACCUCUGAACCUUCUCUCAGCACCCGGAGACAUGGCCAUCGAUCCAGUACGUCGGACCUGGCACGAAGCCAGAGAGAGGAGCGCCGGGGUCGUGAGAAACGAGACGAGCGUGUGAGUCCCCUUUCUCAGCGGAAACACCGGGCUCGGGAAUCAUCUGCCGAGAGAGAUCGAUCACGGCGUCAUCGCCACCGAGGCGAGUCGCACGAUCGAUCCGAGAGAGGUCACCGAGAGCAUCGAGGCCGCCGUGAGUCUCCUCGGAAUCGUCGUUCGGGCCGUGACAGAUCCCAUUCACCCCGACGAAGCCAAUCUCCCCGGCGAGACAGGAGUUCAGAACGCCAUCGCAAGCACCGUCGCCGAUCAGAGUCCCCCUCGGACAAGCGGUCGUCCCACUCACGGCGGACACGAACAGAGCAUCGAUCAGACGGUGCCGAACGUAACUGCCGUCACCUUCCCCUCAAAUCCCGUUCCCAUUCAACUCGAACAUCAACCGAUCCGCGCGACAAGACACAAUACUCGUCAUCGACCAGAGCCACAGCUUCCACAACGCUACAGCGCAAUUAUUCCGAUGAUGAGUCGGAUCCCCUGGAAGACCUCGUUGGUCCGUUGCCUCCACAAAAUGAUGGCGAGGGCGCUGUCCCUCUUCGUUCACGUGGCAGGGGUGCCUACAAACCUAGCGCCAGCAACAUCGAUGCCCACUUUGCUCCAAACUACGAUCCUGCGCUUGACGUUCAGUCUGAUGACGAUCGGAUUUCGUCUCUAGACAAGUCUUCCCGCCGUCCCGUUGCAGGUCUCAUGACUGCAGAUGACGAUUGGGACAUGGCCCUCGAGGCAUUGCGCGACCGACAGCGGUGGAAGCAGAAAGGGGAAGAGAGACUACGCGCUGCAGGAAUGAAUGAGGAAACCAUUGAUCGGUGGAAGAAUAACUCGGCAUUCACGGGAGCAGCCAGUACUGAGGGUAACCCGGAGAAUGUACGGUGGGCAAAGAAGGGCGAGGGUCGAGAGUGGGAUCGGGGGAAGGUGAUGGACGAAGAUGGACAUAUUGAUGUCCGAGCCGCCUGGUGA